AUGCGCGGGGGCUCCAGGAGGGAAGCGCGCGGCCUCGAGGAAGACGUGGCAGGAGAUUCCGGCGAAGCCCGCAGGCAGCGGGAGGAGACCACGGCGGCGCAGGUCUGGGCUGCGGCGGCAGAGGAGCGUGGCCAGCCCUCGGCCUGGCGGCCGGCGACGCGGCCUUCCCACCCCCGCCCCGGCCCCCGUGGCGUGGGGCGCGGCCGCGACGGCGCGGCGGGAGACGGUGGCCAAGGAAUCGUCCGCGCGCAGGCGGUGAGCCGGAUCGUGUCCAGCCGCGCCAACUCAAGUGGCCUGGCCGUGGACGUCGUCGACGCCAACGCCGUCAUCUCGGGAGGCGCCGCGCUCGCCUCCACCGCGGACCGGCUGGUCACGGUGCUCGAGGAGGUGUGCGACGCCGCAGCGCGCCGGAGGCUCGCGCUCCUGCCCACCCCCGUCGAGACCACCGAGCCCGCCCCUGAGUUCGUUUCCAUUCUCUGCUCUCUAUUAUUGCUUGAUGCUCUUUGCAUUGCUGUAUUCAGUAGGGCCAGCUCGAACCGUGUGCACCUGGAAGAAGGCCAGCCCAAAGUUGAUGAAGGGAGAAAGCCAAUAGGAUGCCCUGCAAAUCGAUUUCGAACAAGUUUACUGCAGUACCUGACGGCCUCUCACAGUCUGCAACCAGCCAACCACCUCUACUGGCUGCUGCCACUCCUCACAUUGGCUAGGAACACGAGCUCUGGGCUCUGGCGGCAGCACAAGGAGCAGGGCAGAGGAGCAGGACCUCGUCAGCGUGCUUCUUGCUGCGCGCCAGUCCUCGGCGCCGGGGGCAAGGGGCGGGGUGGGGUCGGGAUCCUCGAUGCCGCAGGUGGCGCUGGUGCUGGAGGUGACGCUGUUCCCCCCGCUCGCCGGCGUAGCCGCUGCUGCUGGGGCUGGGCGGACCGGCGUCGCCGGCCAUCCUCCUCCUCCCCGAGCCCCCCGCCCCCCCCCCCCCCCCCCCCCCCCGGACGCGGCCGUCACGUACCCCUCGUCUUCGUCCUCCUCGGCGAUCUCGUGGCCGGCGGCGGCGAAGUCUGCGGGCAGGUCAGCGGCACGGAGGGAGAGCGCGGCCAGGGCCGGAUCAGCGGUCAGGGCCUCGCUGGCGGGGGCCGGAUCGGGGGCCAGGGCCUCGCUCCAGUUCUUCCCAAUGAACACGGAGCAGCAUGAGCUUGAGCAGCCUCCGUUAGGCCGGCGCAGGUUGGCCGUCGUCAAGCUCUAGGCCCGAUGGCUGGUGCCGGCGGUGGCUGGGGCGACCACGGUGCGGGCGGGCGACGGAGGAAGGAGGAAGAAGUAGUGGGGGGCUGAUUAGCAACAGUUUAAAAGGUGGAAGGGUUUUUUCACAAAAUUACAAAUGAACUAAGGUGCGGACAACUCAAUAUAUUAUAUCUAUAUCUUUUUUUUCGCGAA